AUGAGCACCCGGGGGGCAGUAGACACCAAGACUUAUGAUGUACUCAUCGCUGGUGCUGGACCUGUCGGACUCUUGUUGGCCUGCGAACUUGGCCUAGCUGGUGGCCUUUCCGUGGCGGUCCUCGAGCGGGACCCCGAUUAUGCAAACUAUCAAUCACCCUGGAAGCAGCAACCGCUUGGGGUGCGCGGUAUCAAUACGCUAUCAGCGGAAUCCUUUCACCGACGUGGUUUGUUGGAACAAGUGAUUGGACCCGAGGAAUGGGCCAAGAGGCCCAUGGACGUCAAAUCAACAGGACGCACAGGCCAUUUCGCCGGUAUGAUGUUCGACGCAGCCAAAGUUAAUCGCUCUGCACCAUGUUGGAAAUAUAAGCUGCCAGGGCCGUCACUAUGUCCCAGUCCAUCAUCGCUAGGCCGAAUCCAGGAAGCACUUUAUCAGCGGGCAAAAGAGCUUGAUGUGGAAAUCAUUGGAGGUGUGGACGUGACAGCUCUGGCACAAGAUGAAGAGCACGGUACUGUCGAGGUGCACACCAAGAGUGGCCAUUCGUACCGCAGCAAAUGGGUAGUUGGGUGCGACGGAGCACGAAGCAACAUCCGGAAGGCUGCUGGCAUCGACAUGGUGGGCACCGAGCCAGAAAUCUUUGGAUGGACUGUGCUUUGUAACCUGGAUGACCCGAACAAGAGGCUGAAAUUCGGGUUUACACGUACUUCCACAGGUGUCUAUGGCAUGAUGCUGCCAGGACACAUAUUCCUCAUGGAGCCAACCAAUGGCGAGGUAUAUGACCGCACUAAAGAGCUCACCAAAGAGGAGUUUGAGGUUAUAGUUCGACGCGUCACGGGUAUUGAUAAUGUUAGUGUCAAGGACAUACAGAUUGCAUCGACAUUUACAGACCGUGCCAAACAGGCUGUCACCUACAAGAGUGGUCGUGUUCUACUUGCCGGCGACAGCGCCCACUUCCACUCACCACUAGGGGGGCAGGGGCUCAACGCAGGAAUUGGCGAUGCCAUGAAUCUGGGUUGGAAGCUGGCUGCCGUCGUGAAAGGAUCUGUACCUUUAUCUCUACUUGACACCUACCAGAAGGAGCGAUAUCCCGUUGGGGAAUGGAUCACCGAGUGGACGCGCGCCCAGGUCGCCACGAUGAAGCCCGACCUGCAGAGUCGAGCUGUAGCGAACUUGAUGAAGGACCUGAUCGGCACCAGCGACGGUGCCACUCAUAUGACGGAUCGUUUCUGGGGUCUCUCGCAGCGCUACGAUUUGAAUCUCGGCGACGAUGAGCAGCAGCACCACGACUUGGUCGGACGCAGUGUGCCUGACUUCGAGUUCACGAGCGGAUCUGACCGCCUCGGUGAAAGAAUGUACUCAGGACACGGGCAGAUGCUUUACCUUGGGCAGGAUGAUCGAUCUGAGCUUGUCAACCUUGCGCAGAGAUGGAGUUCCUCGGUUGAGUACGUGAGCGAACCUGUGAAGGAUAACCUGGGAUUCCGAGCCCUGCUCAUUCGACCUGACGGUGUAGUCGCUUGGGUCACGGAGGACGGCAGCGAGCCCGAUGUGAAUUCCGCAGAAGCAGCAUUACAUCGCUGGUUUGGACCUGGCGCGGAGGUUGGAACAAAAUGA